AUGGCAACCAAGCGGGCAGAGCCGGUCACCAUCAUUAGCCUUCGCAAGUUGAGCCUGGACACUCCAGAGCCACAGCCAAAAGAGCCAAAGACAUUCACCGUGGAGGAUGCUGUGGAGACCAUUGGGUUUGGACGUUUCCACAUCGCCCUGUUUCUCAUCAUGGGCAGCACUGGGGUUGCUGAGGCCAUGGAGAUCAUGUUAAUAGCGGUCGUUUCUCCCGUCAUCCGCUGUGAAUGGCACUUGGAGAACUGGCAGGUGGCAUUAGUGACCACGAUGGUGUUUUUUGGCUACAUGAUAUUCAGCGUCCUCUUUGGCCUCCUGGCUGACCGAUAUGGCCGCUGGAAGAUUUUGUUCAUGUCGUUCCUUUGGGGAGCCUACUUCUCCUUGCUGACCUCAUUCUCCCCCUCAUACAUCUGGUUUGUCUUCCUGCGGACGAUGGUCGGCUGUGGCGUGUCUGGCCAUGCACAAGGGCUCAUCAUAAAGACUGAAUUUUUGCCUACAAAAUAUCGAGGCUACAUGCUCCCCUUGUCUCAGGUGUUCUGGCUGGCUGGCUCCCUGCUCAUCAUCGGCCUGGCCUCUGUGGUCAUCCCCACCAUAGGGUGGCGCUGGCUUAUCCGCAUUGCCUCCAUUCCUGGCAUCAUCCUCAUCUUGGCCUUCAAGUUUAUUCCUGAAUCUGCUCGGUUCAAUGUCUCCACCGGGAACACGGAGGCUGCCCUGGCCACGCUGGAGCGGAUCGCCAAGAUGAACCGCUCCGUCAUGCCGGAGGGGAGGCUGGUGGAGCCCGUCCUGAAAAAAAGAGGAAGAUUUGCAGACCUACUGGAUGCUAAAUAUUUAAGGACCACGUUACAGAUUUGGGUCAUAUGGCUGGGCAUCUCUUUCGCCUACUAUGGGGUCAUCCUGGCCAGCGCCGAGCUGCUGGAGCGGGACCUGGUCUGUGGUUCUCGGUCCGAGUCUGAAACGGUGGUGACUGUGGGGGUCUCAGAGGAGAGCCAGAGCCCUUGUCACUGCCACAUGUUUACCCCCUCUGACUACCAGACCAUGAUUAUCAGCACCAUUGGUGAAAUUGCUCUGAAUCCUUUGAAUAUCCUGGGCAUUAAUUUCCUGGGCCGACGGCUGAGCCUUUCUAUCACCAUGGGAUGCACGGCUGUAUUCUUCCUUCUCCUCAAUAUUUGCACCUCAAGUGCCGGCCUCAUCGGCUUCCUCUUCAUGCUGAGGGCUUUGGUGGCAGCCAAUUUCAAUACCAUCUACAUUUACACUGCGGAGGUCUACCCCACGACGAUGCGUGCUUUGGGGAUGGGGAUCAGUGGCUCCUUGUGUCGCAUUGGUGCGAUGGUGGCACCAUUUAUAUCCCAGGUUCUUAUGAGCGCAUCUUUGCUGGGGGCCUUGUGUCUCUUCUCAUCUGUUUGUGUCAUCUGUGCCAUUUCCGCAUUUACUCUCCCCAUUGAGACCAAAGGGAGGGCCCUCCAGGUAAGUGCUGCAGGGGUCUCUUAACAGGUUCUUCACACCCACCUUUAGAACAGAGGAAAUGAACUUGGAGUAUGGAAAUCCUUUUAAGUAGACAUGAUAGUCAAGUGUGUGCUAGCAUUCGUUCAGUGUGUUACAACAGAAAAACUGGGUAUCCAUUUUCUUGCGUGUAACUUUAAGCAGCACUAAAGGUAUAGCAGUCAAUUAUUCACCUCAAACCUCUGAUUCCUCUGAAAGUUCUAGCUUGCUCAGGGGCUAGGGCAUUCUACCCUUUCCACUUUUCUAUCUGGAUGUAAGCAUUGCUGCACACACAAAGGGGACCAGAGGAGCAAAAACAGCUGUUUGUGUGGCUGGGAGGUUCACUCCCUUUCCCCUAGUACAGCGGCCGCCUGUGAGGCAAAACUUCAUGCGGCUCCAGCUGCCACCCAGCGCUAACCAUCACGAGACACUGACUGCUGGCUAUUUUGCAAAGUACAUAAAAAAGGAUAUCCCAGGGGCAAAGCUGGAGAAGCCAGGGCCUCUGCCAGGUCUGUGCCCCUAUCCAAGUAUUGGUGGUGGCACUGGGGUUUUGCUGCCUCAAACGCAAAGCUUGUUGCUGCGGGGAGGGGAGAGCAAUGGGGGUUAGGUGUAUAAUUUGGUCAAUCUGGACCUGCCGCCCCAGAUGAGCCUGUGCAGAAUCAUGGUGCUUCUCUGGCUGACAGUGACUCGCCCUCUGUCCCAUGUCCUAUUCCUAGUAUACCAUAAACGUAUUUGUGUGGUACUGAUGUAUUUGGUUGUCUGUGAGUAGAUAGAUAUAAGGAAGGCAUUGGUGAGUAAAGGAAAAAACACACCAGUCUCGAUGGUAUUUCCUAGGUCCAAAAUGUGCUAUUUCAUUUUUUAAAAACCUUAGCUUAUCUUUAAUAUGCAUUUUAAUCACAGAUUAGAUAACCUGUCAUGCAAUUAUGAAGUUAGGGCUUUGUUUAGAUUCUAUUCAUUAAAUACCUAAUGCCAGAGACUGAGUUAGAUGAUUCAUAGGAUUUAAUCUAUAUAAAGGGAUUAUCCCAUCCUUCACACAAAUGAGGAAACAAGGCAAAGGUAAGUACCUUGUGUAAAGGAACAUGCUAGUAGGGAGUGGGGCUGGAAUUUAAAUCAGAUUGAAUUAAGUGAUGCUUAAUCUUAUGCUAAUCUUCCAUGCUUAGUAAGUAGUCACAAUACAUAUAAAAGGAAACCAGGCUCACCAGCUAAUGUGGCUGUGGAUUUCCAAUUUAAGUCAUAAUCCACUUAAAUAGGGCCAUUUCCUCUUCUGCUGCUUGGGUCCUGGUUUUAGCAUUGUGGUGAAAUCAUUUUACACGUCCACUGAUAAGCCUUUGAAAUGUAGUUGCCUUACAACUUUAUCAUGUAUGUUCAGUAAAUACAAUUGUCUGGGCACACUGUCCUUGCGCCAAUCUUGAAAGGUUAUGUGUGUAGCUCAGUGUUGUGAGCACUUAACAUAUGAAACUAUUUAGUGACUGACAAAAAUAAAGCUUCUAGAAAUGUUAAAAACAUGCCAAAAAAUGUUAACUUCCAACAUAGACACAGCAUCCCAGUAACCUGACUGGACCAACAGACCUAGUUAAUAGUUUAAUAGUGGCAAUUCUCUUUUAGAAUCACUCUAAGAAACCCAUUCAUUUUAUUUCUCAGACUAAUGUCAGAUAGUUUACUUUUAGGAGUUUUAAGGCUUCAGGGCUUACAUUUAAAUCUUUAACCCACUUUCAGUUUAUUUUUGCCUGUAUCUGUCCAGUGUAUAUUUUUACCUCCUUUGUUGUAGAACAGUGGACCAUGUAAGCGAGGGUUUAUUUCUGGGCUUUCUAUUCUGUUCCACUGAUUUAUGUGUCUGUUUUUGUGCCAGUACCAUAUUUUUUUAUAGCCUUGUAGCAUAGUUUGAGAUCAGGGAGCAUGGUACCUCCAACUUUGUUGUUCUUUCUCAAGAGUGCUUUGGCUAUUUGGGAUCUUUUGUGGUUCCAUAUAAAUUUUAGGGUUAUUCUAUUGUAGUUCUGGGAAGAAUGACAUUGGUAUUUGGAUAGGAAUCGCAAUGAGUCUGUAAAUUGCUCUGGGUAGUAUGGUCAUUGUAACAAUAUUAUUCCUUCCGUUUAUUUGUGUCUUCUUCCGAGUACAGGUCUUUCACCUCCCUGGUUAA